CUCAUCCUCGCUCGGAGGCCUUUUCAAGAUGGCGGCGGCCUUGAACCGCCGCGCCUGAGGAGAGGGACCUGAUACGAGGGGACGCCAUGAAGCAACCGACUUCCCUCUCCUCAGCGGCUGCCAAAGGCCUGGCCCGAAGAAAGAGACGAGAGAAGAAGAAGCAGGCGGGGCAGCUGCAGAAACUGGGGCUGGCCGUGCGGGAAUUCGUGGAGGCGGCAGCGGGGCCCAGUGUCGUCGUCGGCGGUCCCGAGGCCCUGCUCCAGCAGCCGAAAUGGAGCGGCCGAAGGAACCGGCGGGAGCUGAAGCGAGAGAAGCGCAAACUGAAGCGAGGCCGCCGCCGCCUUCUCCUCAGCGGCAAGGAGGGGCCAACUUCUCAGCCGCCUUGCGGGGCUUCGCCACCCUCGGCCAAGAAGCAGCCGCCGCAGAAGAAGGCGCCGCCGCCGCCGCCCCCGGAGCCAGAGACGCGUCCCCCCGUGAAGAAAGAGCGGCCCAGGCCCGGUCCUUCGGCUAUGUCUUUGGCGCGCAAACGGGCCCUGCUGGCGGCCAAUGAGGCGGAGGAGCGGGAGAUCCGGAGGCUGGAGAGGCAGCUGGGCCUCCGCAAGCGUCGCAAGAAGCAGCAGGCGGGCCUAGGGGAGGCGACCCUGCCUCAGAGCUUCUCCCGCGACGGACUGAGCUACGUGCUGGGCGCUCUGGACUCGGGGGCCGCCUUCUCCGGCCUGGGCGGCAGCAGCGAGGAAGAGGGAGGAGAAGGCGAGGAGCUGGACUGGGGGGUGGAGGGGGAGAGCGAGGGAGACAGCGGCGAGGAAGAUGCUUUGGCGGCGGAGGAAGAUUCAGGGGGUUCAGAAGGAUCCAACGUGGAAGAAGAAGGCGAGGCUGAGGAAGGAGAAGGCGAGUUCCAUGGCUCCAGAAGCCCCGAAUCAGGAGCGGUGGGACUUGCUUCGCCCAGGGAGGAAAAGGAGGGGAUUUGCGAUGGUGCUACAAAGUAUGUUCCUCCUCAGAUGCGAAGUUCUGAAGAAACAGUAGAUGCCAAAAAGAGAGAAGAACUAGAAAGACUGAAAAAAACACUGAAAGGGCUCAUUAACAGGUUGAGCGAACCUAACCUGGCUUCCAUAAGUGGGCAACUGGAGGAACUGUACAUGGCAAACAGUAGAAAAGACAUGAACGAGACGCUGACCAAUAUUAUUAUGAGUGCUUGUGUUACAACCUCAGCAAUGCCCCCCAGACUGAUGAUGGAGCAUGUCCUUUUAGUUAGCAUCCUUCAUAAUACUGUGGGAAUUGAGGUUGGUGCUCAUUUUUUGGAAACAGUGGUGAGGAAAUUCGAUGACGUCUACACAGGCAAGCUUGAAGGGAAAGAAUGUGAAAACCUGCUUACCUUAAUUGCUCAUUUAUAUAAUUUUCACGUCAUGCACUCACUGCUGAUCUUUGACAUCUUAAAGAAGCUUGUUAGCACUUUUUCUGAACAGGAUAUUGAGCUAAUUCUGCUGCUGUUGAAAAAUGUGGGAUUUUCCUUGAGGAAAGAUGAUGCUCUGGCACUGAAAGAGCUUAUUACUGAGACCCAAAAAAAAGCAAAUGCCGUAGGGAAGCAAUUCCAGGACCAAUCAAGGGUUUGCUUUAUGCUGGAGACCAUGCUGGCAUUGAAAAAUAAUGACAUGAGGAAAAUCCCUGGUUAUGAUCCUGAGCCGGUUGAGAAACUACGGAAAUUGCAGAGAACACUGAUUCAUAACAGUGGUUCUGGGAAAGAGGCUCAGCUUCGUGUGUCCUUGGAAUCUCUCCUCAGUGCUGAUCAGGUCGGUCGCUGGUGGAUCGUUGGAUCCUCUUGGAGUGGAGCUCCAAUGAUUGACAGCUCCAGCAACAAAACUCAACAUAUACUACCUACGGGAAAGGUGAGUUCAAAGAUUCUUGAGCUUGCUCGUAAGCAGAGAAUGAACACAGAUAUCAGGAAGAAUAUAUUUUGUAUUUUAAUGACCAGUGAAGAUUUUUUGGAUGCCUUUGAAAAGCUUUUAAAGCUUGGUCUUAAAGAUCAGCAGGAGAGAGAAAUUGUCCAUGUCCUUAUAGAUUGUUGCCUACAGGAGAAGACUUACAAUCCUUUCUAUGCAUACUUGUCUGCCAAGUUCUGUGAAUAUGAUAGGAGAUUCCAGAUGACAUUCCAGUUCAGUAUGUGGGACAAAAUCAGAGAUCUGGGAAAUCUGUCCAAUACCGCAUUCUCCAAUUUAGUUAAUCUCUUGGCUCAUCUGUUAAAGACUAAAUCUGUCUCCCUUGCUGUUUUCAAGGUCAUCGAGUUCAGUGAACUGGACAAGCCAAAAGUGCACUUUUUACGGCGGGCUUUAUCUACACUGUUCCUAAAAACAGACCCAGAAGAACUCUGUUCCAUCUUUGGAAAAUUGGCUGAGAACCCCAAGCUUGGAAUGCUGCACGAAGGACUGAAGCUUUUCCUCUCCCACUUCUUGCUGAAGAACCUGCAAGCCAACAGAAGUGCCUCAGAAGCCUCUCUGCUAAAGGAGCGAAUUGAACUAGUAAACAGGACCUUGAAAGCAAAAGAAUCAAGAGUAAAAUUGUAGCACUACAGACUUAGGACAAAAGACUUCCCGAGUAAUCCUAAAAGGGUUUCUAAGCCCGUUGCGUUUGGAAUGGAGUAAUUCUCCUUAUGGUUGCUAAGUUGAUCUAACCGUUUGCAUACAGAGCUGGAUUUGGUUACAUAUUCAAACACAUUUGUAUUUAUUUUAAAAAUGUACCCAUAUUUAAAUGGUGGUGGUGAUGGAUGAAUGGAGGUGGGGGGGAACCCAGUCAAUUCUUUAACCUGUUUAUAGGGGGAAAGUACAAGAUGAAAUCACUGGUGAAAGCUAAAUUACUUGUAAAGUGUGUCUUUUUUAAAUAAACUGGUUAAUUUCUGGUA